ACGGUUUUCCGUUUGCUCCUUUUUUUGUUAGUAAUGUUUUUUUAUUCUUCCGAUUCUUUCUGAAUAUUCUAUGCGUAGUCUCUCACAUAAUAGGAGAAUGUUUUGAGACCAUUGUGUCAUGGUAGUGUGUUGGUAACAUAUUUAAGAGAUGGAUUAUUUUUAUUUGUAUAAUUUGACCUAUUCGUUUAUUAUUUGAUUCAUUGAUUCUUUUUUUGCCACACGAGAAGGGGCUUGUAAAUUUGCUUCAGUAGGCAAUUCUAUCUAUCUAUCUAUAUAUAGUAGUAUGUAUUAAUUUUUUUUUUGUUUCUAAGACAAUAAUCUUGCUUACUACACGAUCUUGAAUUCAUUUAACCGAAUUCAUAUUUACUAUUUGGCUCAAUAAAAAAUAAUUAAAACAGAGAGAUUUUCUUAAUUUGACAUGUGAGUCGUCCCAUUUUUUCGACGGGUUUAGUGGUGUGGACCAAUUCAAGCAGUAGGUCCAAAAUCUAAGCAACCUCGCCUAAAUAAAUCACAAUUAGAUUUGGGUGGUGCAAAAAGCAGCUCCUUCCCAAACAAUAUAAUUAAACGACCCAGCCCAAGCCCAAUAAGAAGUGGCCAGUUUGCUUGGAAAAAUGAAAAUUUCGAUUUUCACGUCACGUGAGUGGCAUGACUGGUACCCCCAUCCAUGGCUAAUGAUGAAUCAUGAAUCAGAAGAACAAAACAAAGUCUGAAUUCGAUAUCAUCAUCAUCUUCGUCCAUGAUCAUGAAAACGAACAUACUCUUCUCUCUUCUCCUUCUUGCUUCCACACUUUCCUCUUCUCUUGCUAGGGGUGUCUUUCAAACCCUUCCUUCAGAAGAUUUCAAUGACCACAGUAAUGUAAACCGUACAAGGCAUUUGCUUGAAGGCAAUGAAUCUCGGUCUAGCACCGGCACAAAUGAUCAAAGGCGUGUCUGUGUUGAUUUGGCACUAGGAUAUAUGACCAAUUCUGAACUUGAAAGGGCCAUUAAGGAAUUUGGACAAAGAUGCAGCAACAUUUCUAGGAUAUACAGUAUUGGGAAGAGUGUCAAAGGAGUUCCACUGUGGGUGAUUGAGAUUUCUGACAAGCCGGGAGAAGAAGAGACUGAACCUGCAUUUAAGUAUAUUGGAAAUGUGCAUGGAGAUGAACCUGUGGGCCGUGAACUUCUUAUAUUUUUGGCCAAUUGGUUAUGUGAUAACCAUUUAAAAGAUCCACUGGCAACAUUGAUUGUGGAGAAUGUUCACCUUCAUUUACUUCCAUCAAUGAAUCCUGAUGGCUUUAGCUUACGGAGGCGUGGUAAUGCAAAUAAUAUUGAUUUGAACCGGGAUUUUCCUGACCAGUUCUUCUUUGCAAAUGAUGAUGAGGAUUCCCGGCAACCCGAAACAAGAGCAAUAAUGAAAUGGUUAAGAGACAUACAAUUUACAGGAUCUGCAACAUUACACGGGGGUGCACUUGUUGCAAAUUAUCCUUGGGACGGUACUCAUGAUAAAAGGACCUACUAUGCCGGAUGUCCUGAUGAUGAUGCAUUUCGAUUCAUGGCAAGUAUAUACAGCCACUCACACUACAACAUGUCUUCAAGCAAGGAGUUUUUAGAUGGAAUCACAAAUGGAGCAGCAUGGUACCCUUUAUAUGGAGGAAUGCAAGAUUGGAACUAUAUACAUGCUGGCUGUUUUGAAUUGACCUUGGAAGUUAGCGACAAUAAAUGGCCAAUUGCUGCAGAACUUCCUAUUCUUUGGAAAUACAACAAAAUGAGUAUGCUUAAUCUUGUUGCAAGCCUUGUGAAGACAGGAGUGCAUGGAAGGAUAUAUUCUUCAGGUGAUGGAAGGCCAUUACCAGGCUUUAUAACUGUCAGUGGAAUAAAUUACACAGUUAGGGCUGGAAGAACUUUUGCUGACUACCAUCGCUUACUUGCUCCCAGAGAUAGAUAUGAAGUAGUGGCAACCAUGCCUGGCUACAAGUCAAAGAAUACAUCUAUUUGGUUGGAUGAAGGAGCUAUGUCAUUGGAUUUUGUUCUUGACCCUGAAGUUAGUGUCAAAGGGAGUAUACUACGAAAUGUCUAUGAUUGCAAUUGUGACAGUAAAAGCAAAUUAGAAUUUGUUGAGUUUCUUUUGGGCUCCCACUUGGAAGUUUUCUUUGUUUUCAUUGUUAUUUUAGGAUUUUUAUGUUUUUUAUUUCAGAGGAGAAAAAAAGUCAAAUUUUCAACCACCAAACAGUCAACAGGGGCAAAAAGAACUGUUGUGGUUUGAGGUUUUGGAAUAUUUUUUUGACAAAGGUUUUAGUAUGUUAUUUGUAUAAAAUUCUGUUGUAUACUAA